AUGCAUUAUUUUGUCAUCUUCAACAAAAAGGGAAUCAUAGAAUUUGAAGAAGGAGAGGCGCCGACUUUUCUGAACUCAUUGAUACGUACUAUAAACAUUCAACAAGCUUCUGGAUCUAGAAAUAUUAGAGAUACACUUAUGGAGUAUAAAAUUGAAGGACAGAGAAUAUAUUUGAGCUUUGGAAACAAACCAUCACUCGAUGAGUUUAUAAAAAAGCAUAAACAUAAAGACAGUACAGAAAAUAAACAGCAUGAAUCGAAAGGGAACAAAGAAAUCGAAAAGCCUGUUGUUUCCGACACCUUGGACUUCAGUGAAACAGGUUCAAAUAUUUCUAGUAUUAUUAAAACAAUCAGAAAAGCUGAUUUUAAGAAAGCGUUUAGCCUGUUUACUGGAAAAGUAUCAAUUGAACAGUUGCAAUCUAAAAUGAUCGGUCAUUUAAUUAGAAAAAAUGUCGAUCCAACAUUUUGUAGAAUUAUAACUGAUGACAUUAUUUCUGAAAUCAAGUCUGAAAAUGUUGAUAUGAUUAGCGAAUCUUUCUUCAAGGAAAAAGUCAAUAAGACACUCAAUAAGGUUAUUCCAAAAUUUGAUCAUGACAGCUUCAUAGAAAAUAUUAAGAAGCACACUGGAGUGUUCAGUAUUUGCUUUGUAGGAGUAAAUGGGGUGGGAAAAAGUACAACACUGGCGAAGAUUGCAUAUUGGCUAAUCCAAAACGGGUUGAGAGUGUAUAUUGCUGCCUGUGAUACAUUUAGAGCAGGUGCGAUUGAACAGCUUAAAGUUCAUGUGGAGAGGUUUAAAUUGGGUGGCCAUGAUGUUGGGUUUUUUGAGAGUGGAUAUGCAAAGGAUGACGCCUCUGUUGCCAAGCAUGCUAUUAUGAAGGCGAAUUCAGAGAAUUACGAUGUAAUAUUAAUAGAUACUGCUGGAAGGAUGCAUAACAAAGAAGCCCUGAUGGUAAGUUUGACUAAAUUAAUAAAGACUAGUAAUCCUGACCAUAUUAUUUUUGUGGGUGAAGCCCUAAUAGGUGGUGAUUCGCUACAUCACAUUAAAGAGUUUAAUAAAAGGAUUUCCGAAGGCAGUUCAGGAAGAAGGAUAGAUAGCAUUAUUUUAACAAAGAUUGACACUGUCGAUGAUAAAAUAGGACAAGUCCUGAAUUUUACAUUUACUGCAAACUCACCAAUAAUGUUUCUUGGAACUGGACAGUCUAAUACAGAUUUGACUAUUAUGGAAGGAAAGGCCAUUUCUGAUAUUUUAUUGUCUUGA